AUGUCUGAACAAUACAAGGGUCAAGACCUCAUGGAUAUUGCCAAACAGGCCGAGCGAGAUCUUGCGUCCGCCAAAGCCCAGCACGGCGCCCAGGACAGCGGGUUUGGAGGCAAAACCGUGCCUGGAGGAAGUGUCAGCACAACCGAAUCUGGCAUUGAUCAAUCAGUAACCAACAAAUUCCCCGGCAGCACCGCCGAGUACGGCAGCAAGGUGUCCGGUGCCGGGGACAACCGAGAAAUCCCCGUCGAAGAGGGCGGGGGCGUCCAGAAAGGCACAGGGCAGCCGACCAAGGCGGGCGACUUUGAGAAGGGAGCCCCGGGCGAGGGACCAGAGGACGUGAGCAGGCACUACGCUGAACAGUACGGUGGCAAUGAUGACGUGAGGAGCAAUGUCAAGAACGCCACGGCAUGA